CCUUUUUUUUUCUUUGACUCUAAAAUUCCAAGGCGAAGGACAAGAGUAUAAUGUCUCUAAACUCAAAAUAAUUGAGUCCGAAACGAAGGUAGUGAAUGGAAGAUAGUCUUUCGUUAUUUAAAGACCAAUUGGUUUUGAACUAAAAGUUAACUAUGAAGAUUUGGACCUCGGAACACACAUUUAAUCAUCCUUGGGAGACGGUUGCACAGGCAGCAUGGCGUAAAUAUCCUAACCCUAUGAAUCCAGCUGUUGUAGGAAUAGAUGUGGUGGAAAGAAACGUUGUUAAUGGUGUACUACAUACCCACAGACUUGUCAGUUCUAAAUGGUUUUUUCCUAGAUGGGCACAGGCUCUAAUAGGAACUGCAAAAAUAUGCUAUGCAAGUGAAAAGUCUGAGGUUAAUCCAAAUCAAAGACAUAUGGUAUUAAAAACGACUAACUUGACUUUCUGCCACUACAUAGCUGUGGAUGAAACUGUUCGAUACACACCCCAUCCCUCAGACGCUUCAAAAACACUCUUGACCCAAGAAGCCGUAGUCACUGUUCAAGGUGUGCCUCUAAGCAGUUACAUGGAAGAUUUGCUUGCCAACAGAAUAUCAUUAAAUGCAGGAAAAGGUCGUCAAGCUAUUGAAUGGGUUAUUGGAAAAUUUGACAAUGAAAUUAAAGAACUAGCUACAUCUGCAUGUAAAAGUACUGAUGAACUUCUCUCUCAGACAAAAAAGUCGAUUGAUGAUAUUACUACUACUGCAAGAAGAUCAAUGGAUGAUAUAUCUUCUAAAGCCAAGAAAUCCUUAGAUGACAUAGAGAAAUUAACUAAGGCAAAUGCAAAUCAACGUAGCUGAAAAGAGGAGUGACUUGAUUUAAUAUGGGCUUAGUAAGUCAGUUUGCUUUAGCAAAUAUGGAUCUUUUCAAAACCUACCAACAAGCCCAUUUAGACAAUUAUAUUAAACUAAUCAUUCAACACUAGUUUCAUUACCAUAACAUUAUCAAAAAUUUGAUAAUAUUAGUGUUUGAUAUAUCUUUUAACUAUAAUGUUAUGGGUUGUUCUGUAUAGGAAAGUGCUUAUGUAAAUGCAUUUUAAGUUUAUAACUAUUUAAUUUAUUCUUAUCUAUUAGUACAAUUACCUAAUUUUGAAAUACACGAAACAUUUUUACCUGCAUAUUGUGGGUAUAUGACGAUUAAUUCACUAAAAUUCAUUUAUAAUAAAUUUUUGUUAAAACCUG